GUUUCCUCUCGCAGUUACACAGCGGAAGACGCCACUUCCUCAAAAAGACACAACACACUCCUCGCAAACACCUCCAACUGCGCGACGCAGGUAAACACACUUGCACACGGCUGUACGUCCGUGCUCUGCUGUGAUCGGGAUGGAGGCGUUCAGCUCCAAAGACAUGGCCAUGAAGGCCCAGAAGAAGAUCCUCAGUCACAUGGCCAGCAAGUCGGUGGCUCAAAUGUUCAUAGAUGACAACAGCAGCGAGGUCCUGGACGAGCUCUACCGCGUCUCCAAAGAGCACACGGGGAACCGCAGCGAGGCCCAGAAGGUGGUGAAGAACAUGAUCAAGAUUGCCGUGAAGGUGGGAGUUCUGUUCCGACACGACAAGUUCAGUGCAGACGAGCUGAGUGUGGCGCAGAACUUCAGAAAAAAACUCCACAGCGGAGCCAUGACAGCCAUCAGCUUCCAGGAGGUGGAGUUCACGUUUGAUAAGAACGUCAUGAUGGAGCUGCUGGCCGAGUGUCGUGAUUUACUGCUGAAGCUGGUGGAGAAGCACCUGACGCCCAAAUCUCUGGAUCGCAUCAGACACGUGUUCAACCAUUACUCGGACCCGGAGCUCCUCACGCACCUGUACGACCCGCAGGGGACGCUGUGGCCGAACCUCACCAAGAUCUGCGGCGGCCUGAACCGCAUGAUCGAAGAGGGCAAACUCUGAACGCACAGAGACGCGCUGGACUGAAAGACUGGACAUUAGAGCUCCUGUACCUGUGAUCACAGAGACACUGAGCUCAGGGACGCAGCCUGAAUGCAUCCCCCAUGUCUGAUUGGACGAUUCUCACUAAACACCUCAAGAACGUGCAGCUCAUAUUUCAUACUUAAGGCAAAAUCAGAAGGAAGAUUUAAAGGGGCAGUCCACCCAGAAAUCACCUCAAGUCACUGAACGGCUGAUUUUGGGCGUUCUAUUGCUUUAAAAAAUUUGUUUUGCAUAAAGAAAUGUAAUCAAUUUUAAACUGAUUGUUUUUGCAUUUUAACACCCAUAAAUAUUAGCAAAUAUUUAUGCAAACAGAACUUAUGCAACACUGGAUUUUAUGUACAGUUCUACGGUAUUUACCAGUAAAAUAAUUCACCAGUGUUUUCAUGUUUCAGUCUUUUGUUUAAAAGCAGCAGUAUUACAGUCAAGAACAGAAUGGAGCAUCUGAAUGGUUUAUUAAUAAAGUGUUGUUUAAUUUUAUUUUA